UCCAUUUGUUUCCCUUAGUUUCUGGGACAAACAAAAAAACAUGCUUAAACUCAAAGGUCUUCUCGUUUGUCUGCUGAUUGUUGCCAUGGAUGUUGCAGCGGGGAUUCUUGGCAUCCAAGCCGAAGUUGCACAGAACAAGGUUAAGCAUUUGAGAUUGUGGAUAUUUGAGUGCAGAGACCCGAGCCAUGAAGCUUUCAAGCUAGCUUUGGGUGCAGCUAUACUAUUGAGUCUAGCCCACGUUCUCACUAACCUGCUGGGCGGCUGCAUGUGUACCUGUUCUCAAGAAGAGUUCCAAAAAGCCUCCCCUAACAGGCAACUCUCAUUGGCAUGCCUCAUUUUCACAUGGAUCAUGUUAGCCGUUGGAUUGUCGACACUGGUGAUAGGGAUGAUAUCAAACAACAAAUCCAGGGCUUCCUGUGGUUUCACGCACCACCAUUUCUUGUCGGUCGGAGGGGUUUUGUGUUUUGUUCAUGGGCUGUUUUCUGUUGCAUAUUACGUUUCCGCCACAGCAGCUACUGAGGAACAUUAGGAGAUGACAUCUUUAGAGGAACCUUACUCAUCAUUGAUUGACAAUCACUUUCGCCCUGCAACUAAAAC